GUUCUCGGCCGCCAUGUUGGGAAGGUCGGGGGAGGAAGCUGGGGGCGGAGUGAGAGCGGAGUGAGAGCGGACAGCGAGCUGUGAGAGCGCCCCCUCCCUCCGCCGGAGACCGAGCGGCCCUCACCCCAGCCCGGCCUUCAUGCUGAGCACGGAGCGGACUAGGAGCAGCCAGGGAGCCAGCCCGGAGCUAGCGGCCGGGUAAUCCGAGCCCAGCAUGGACAGCACGGCCAUCAUCACCCAGGUCACCAACCCCAAGGAGGAGGGCAUCCUGUCCUGCGCCCAGGAGAAGGUUUCCCAGUGCAAUAUCAGCUUAAAGAAACAGCGCAACCGAAGCAUCUUCAGCUCCCUAUUCUGCUGUUUCCGCAGCUAUAAUGUAGAGCCACCAACCUCAAACAAUAACACUGGCCCCCUCCCUCCUUUGGUGGAAGAAAAUGGGGGCGUUCAAAAGGGUGAUCAGACGCAAGUCAUUACCAUUCCAACUCCACCUACAAAAUACCUCCUUCCAGAGCUGAAAGUAUCCGAAUACGGAAAGAAAUGUGUGGUCAUUGAUUUAGAUGAAACCUUAGUACACAGUUCAUUUAAGCCUAUUAACAAUGCAGAUUUCAUUGUUCCUGUUGAAAUAGACGGCACAAUACAUCAGGUGUAUGUGUUAAAAAGGCCCCACGUGGACGAGUUCCUUCAGAAGAUGGGCGACCUGUUUGAAUGUGUUCUCUUUACGGCGAGUUUGGCCAAGUAUGCUGACCCAGUGGCAGAUUUACUGGACCGUUGGGGGGUUUUCAAGUCAAGGCUCUUCCGAGAAUCCUGCGUGUUUCAUAGAGGAAACUAUGUGAAAGAUCUGAGCAGACUGGGCAGAGAGCUGAAUAAGGUCAUCAUUAUCGACAACUCGCCAGCUUCUUACAUCUUCCAUCCAGAAAAUGCCGUCCCCGUGCAAUCUUGGUUUGAUGACAUGUCGGAUACAGAACUGCUGGAUCUCAUUCCCUUCUUCGAAGGAUUGAGCAAAGAGGAGAAUGUUUACUAUAUGCUCCAGAAACUUUGUAACAGGUAGCCCCAAUGCUGACUCUGUCUCCUUAUGAACAGCUGUGAAAUACAACGGCUACAGACUGAGAACUAUUUUGGACUCUGCUUUUUUCUUUUUCUUUUUUUUUUUCACUGAACACUUUUGCAAUGGAAACAAAAUGCUCUACUGAUGACAUUCAUGUGAUACAAGAUGCUCUUCCUAUGGGGUUGAGUGAAUAUGGCUUGACCUCUUCAGGACCCAUUAACACACUAACAGUGAAAACUUUUUGUUGCAGAGGCGUGCCUAGCAGGUCCUCUAGCACCGAUGAUAUUCCUAGAUCAAUGGACAGAAGAAAGAGAAAUUAAAUAUUUUUAAAGGACUCUUUUCACUAAUUUUCAUAAAAUUGAUAAACUUUUCAGGCUUUUAUAAAGGAAAUAAUUAACACCAAAUAAAAAGGAAAAAAAGUGUGACAAAGAAUAAAAAAAAAAAAAAAUGCUUAAUGCUAGCAACCUUUUAUUCUUUGCCUCCCCCUUAACUCCCACCUCGGUUGGUCCCUCCACUAUGCAGACCGUAUCGUAUCCCCCUUUCCCUAGAGCAGUUGACCUGACUCUGAAAGUUUUUUGGGUUUUUUUUUCCCUACAGACUGAAGUGCCUUUACAAGUGUUGAUUUUAAGAGAAAAAGUUACAUUUUCUACCAGACAAAUUUACAGACCUGUAAUCUUUUUAUCGUCGAUGCUUUAAAAACGGAUCGAAACUUUAUAAAGCACCACCAUUUAUGCUUACAACUAAACAAAGAUUAUUAGACACCGGUUGCAUGAUUCCACCAUUUGUAUUUAGCUUUAGGAGUUUCACAUAUACAGAAUACUUUAUUUCCCCUCCCACCCCGCCAGUUUUAUCGAGGGUUUGGCACACUUUACUUAUCUCUGUUGUAUUCUUUUUGUUUCAUGGCCAUUGUAAAUGUUUGAUCACCAUUUUAAAAUAGUUCUAUUUUUCAUAAUCCAAGCUCCCUAUCCCAUCAAAACUGAUGGCUUCUAGAUGAUUGCGGUGGCAGGGUUGUCCUCUGUGACUUGUGUUUAAACAAUAGGAACACAUUCUUGCCUCCACAAGCACGCCACUUUAUUCCCAGGUUUCACUUUGCUCUUUUAAGGAAGAGAUCGCAUGAACUUAUCACUACUUUAUGUACAGAAUUGAUCUUAAGGAACAAAGAUCUAUUUAUUGAGUUACAAAGUUUCCUUUUUUUUUU